AUGUCCGCGACUAUAAAAGUGAGGUCUACGCAAGACUCCGAGACUGAUGCUACUCUCCAAUCGACAACUCAGACGGAGUUGUCAUCGCCACCAUCAGAGAACGACCCUUCAGCGGAAGUCGCCGCCCUCCACUCUAGAUCCAAUCGCAACAAUGCACUUGACGAAACUCACGAUACCGAUGCCGACGCUUCGAGAAUAAACUGGAGAGAAGAUGAGGUUCUCAGACUCGAAUCAAUGCGCGAGGCUGGAUUUCUUCCGAGCUCUUAUGAAGAGGACGAUGAAUACCCAUCCUCAUUGGACUACUGGCCUUUACUUCAGCUCUGUGUGGUUUCAGCAAUAGUAGUGUGUAUCCUUAAGAUCUUGAGGGACUGCAGGAGAUGA